GGACGUCGCUAAACUUUACGCAUGGGAGCGCCAUUUUUCUCCCGGCGUUCUGUCCCUGUUGUGAACACGUUGUUUAAUAAAACACCGUAGUAAAACGACACUUUAAAACCAAAAAUAUCAUACCUGGAGGAUAGAAACACCCGAAGAGUGUUUCUGGUACUCUGGGGAGGGAUUCUGCUCCGCCAAGUUUUGACAAGAGGCAGGCAGAAUGUCGGAGAAAAACACCAGAAUCGCCAUUGUGAAUCAUGACAAAUGCAAGCCAAAGAAAUGCCGGCAAGAGUGCAAAAAGAGUUGCCCUGUGGUUCGGAUGGGCAAACUGUGCAUAGAAGUCACAGCUCAGAGCAAAAUUGUGUGGAUUUCCGAAUCGCUCUGUAUCGGUUGUGGCAUCUGUGUCAAGAAAUGUCCAUUUGGGGCCUUGUCUAUUGUCAACUUGCCAAGCAACCUCGAGAAAGAGACAACUCACAGAUACUGUGCCAACUCCUUCAAGUUGCAUAGAUUACCCAUUCCCAGACCUGGAGAGGUUCUGGGACUUGUGGGCACCAACGGAAUCGGGAAAUCUACGGCGCUGAAAAUUCUGGCUGGAAAACAGAAGCCUAACUUGGGGAAGUUCGAUGCUCCACCAGACUGGCAGGAGAUCCUGACCUACUUCCGUGGCUCUGAGCUCCAGAACUAUUUUACCAAGAUCCUGGAGGAUGACCUGAAAGCCAUCGUCAAGCCCCAGUACGUUGACCAGAUCCCCAAGACUGUCAAGGGGACUGUGGGCUCCAUUCUGAGCAGGAAAGACGACUCCAAGACUGAGACCAUCGUCUGUGAGCAGCUUGAUCUGACUCAUCUCAGGGAGAGGAAUGUGGAGGACCUAUCAGGAGGAGAGCUGCAGCGCUUUGCCAUCGCUGUGGUCUGCAUCCAGAGAGCAGACAUCUUCAUGUUUGACGAGCCGUCCAGUUACCUGGAUGUUAAGCAACGUCUAAGAGCUGCCGUCACCAUCCGCUCCCUCAUCUCCCCAGACAGAUACAUCAUAGUCGUGGAACACGACCUGAGUGUGCUGGACUACCUGUCUGACUUCAUCUGCUGUCUGUACGGAGUGCCCAGCGCCUAUGGAGUGGUCACUAUGCCCUUUGGAGUUAGAGAAGGCAUCAACAUCUUCCUGGACGGCUAUGUGCCCACGGAGAAUCUGCGCUUCAGGGAGAUAUCGCUGGUGUUCAAGGUGGCGGAGACGGCCAACGAGGAGGAGAUCAAGAGGAUGUGCCACUACCAGUACCCCCACAUGAAGAAGAACAUGGGAGACUUUGCCCUGGAGAUCCUGGAAGGAGAGUUCACUGACUCUGAGAUCAUGGUCAUGCUGGGAGAGAAUGGGACGGGCAAAACCACGUUCAUCAGAAUGCUGGCUGGCCGUCUGAAACCAGAUGAAGGGGGGGAAGUGCCUAUCCUGAACGUCAGCUACAAACCCCAAAAGAUCAGCCCCAAAUUCAAAGGUAGUGUGCGGGCUCUGCUCCAUGAGAAGAUCCGAGACGCCUACACUCACCCCCAGUUUGUGACUGACGUCAUGAAGCCUAUGCAGAUUGAGAGCAUCAUCGACCAGGACGUCCAGAACCUGUCUGGAGGAGAGUUGCAGAGGGUGGCCAUGGCCCUGUGUCUGGGGAAACCAGCUGAUGUCUACCUGAUAGACGAGCCCUCCGCCUACCUGGACUCUGAGCAGCGUCUCGUGUGUGCCAAGGUCAUCAAAAGAUUCAUCCUCCACGCCAAGAAGACUGCGUUUGUGGUGGAGCACGACUUCAUCAUGGCCACCUACCUGGCUGACCGCGUCAUUGUGUUUGACGGUAUUCCCUCACGAAGCACCGCUGCCAACACGCCACAGACCUUACUCGCAGGGAUGAACAAGUUCCUAUCACAGCUGGAGAUAACGUUCAGGAGAGACCCCAACAACUUCCGACCAAGGAUCAACAAGAUGAAUUCCAUAAAGGAUUGUGAACAGAAGAAGAGUGGGAACUACUUCUUCCUGGACGACUAAAGGACCAAACCCUCCCGCCAUCAGAGAGACCUCCAUGUCCAUCCUCCUCAAGCCCUGACACCUGUAUGGCUGUUCCAGUACCCACACUAGCAUUCCAUGCUACAUUGCUCCAUUCUAAGUGAUGUUAGUGUAGGUAUUUGGAACGUAGCCCUACCCUACUGGCCCCCCCUUGGGCCGAUGGCUUAGAGACCCAACCUGGGUGGACCACCAGAGUCAUUCGUACGCGUGCACACACAGGGUGAGUUUGUUUUGCAUUGCCUGGUGCACUGGGGUUUACAUAUUAGACCAUUGGUCCUAAAGUGAAAUCUUCAACCACCCGUGUGCACAGGGCUAUGCAAAACAAACUCGCCCACACACACCUACCUUUGGGAGCCAAAGGAGUGUUUUAUCAAAGAGUCAUUCAAUUCAUGUAAUUUUAAAAUAGUAUCUUAUGAAUAAACACCAUUUCCUGAGUAUGGUGGAGUUUUUUUAAAAGUGAAAUUGUGGGUUGUCCACAAGAGAGCAGCAGACUACUGCAGUUUGUUGGUUCUCCAUCAGAAAAUGGACAUCUGAAGUAAUACAUAAUCUAUUUACUGGAAUUAAAGGCAAUGUACCUUCAUAUUCUGCGGUUCAACAAUUAAAAGCGUCUCUAUACA